AUGGUCAAGCUUUUCUGUGCUAUCGUUGGCGUGGCUGGAAGCGCGUUCUCGGUGCGAGUGGACGAGAGUGACUCGGUGGAUGACUUGAAGGACGCGAUUAAGGCGAGGAAGCCCGACACGAUCAAGGGAGAAGCAGACAAGCUGCAGCUCUUCCUGGCGAAGAAGGACGGCGCGUGGCUGAAAGAUGACGAUCCUGCUACGCUGGAGUUGGAAGAAGGAAAGACGCAUCAAGACAUUCAAACGGUGAUCGAUGGCGAGAAGAUGAAGGCUACGUGGACAAUUGAGGACGUG